AGUGGAAGGAGGAAGGGAAAGUGAGGGAAAAUCUCCGAGUAUGAAAGAGAAAACACCUUCUUGGACUUUGUUUUUAUUUGCCGCCGGACUGCUGUGUACAUGCUCUCAGACCUUAAACAGUUGGAAGUGAAGCAAAAAAUGAGUUCGAGGUUGAUGUGACGUAAUUCCACAUUUGUCUUGAUGCGCGCGCGCUCUCUCUCAGCUGCCAGCUGUCGGAACGCGCGCACACACAGACGCACUUCUGAACUGCUGCGGCUCGCUCAGAGCGUCUCACCGCACGUGUCCCGCCUGGAGAGAGUUAUUGUUAGUGAACAAUAUCGCUGCAGAAUGGUGAGACGAUGGAGAAUAAAGAGCCGCACAAGGAUGUCGCCGCCUCUGCUGCUGCUGCUGCUACUGAUUGUCACUUUCUUCUGUAUCUCAGACGCAGCUACUCCUAUCGACCUCAUAAAGACACUUGCGCUUUCGGAGGACAUGGAGGGCGUGUCACUGGAGGCAGGGCUGUGCACCAGCAGGAAGGGCCGAGCAGAGACCGACCUUUCCUUUAAGAUCAACAAGAAGAUUCAGCUGAGUGCGCCCACCAAGCAACUCUUUCCAGACUUGCCGUUUCCUGUGGAUUUCUCACUCAUGACAACGGUCAAAGCUGUGAAAGGCUCACAAGUCUUUCUUCUCUCCCUGUAUGACACACAGGGCACACAGCAGCUGGGUUUGGAGCUUGCUCGUUCUCCUGUUUUCCUGUAUGAGGAUCACGAGGGUCAGCCAACUCCUGAACUUUAUCCCACCUUCAGAAAAAUCAACUUGGCUGAUGGCAAGUGGCACAGAAUUGCCUACAGUGUGGAGGGCCAGUCAGUGACUCUAUACUUAGACUGUGAAAAGGUGGAGACUCUGGACCUGCUCAGAGGUCCUGAUCCCCACGUCAGCACUGAUGGAGUCAUUGUGUUUGGAACCCGUCUGCUGGACGAGGAGGUGUUUGAGGGACAAAUCCAGCAACUUCUUCUUGUGGCUGAUCCUCGAGCAGCAGAGACCUACUGCAGAGACUACAUCCCAGACUGCGACGCACCCUUACCCUAUGACAGCAUUUUCAUCGAGACUGAAGAGGAAGAGGGAACGCCAAAGAAACGAGUAGCAGAAGAAUUUGACUACAGCGUCUUCUAUGAUGAUAUCUCAGUGUCCACCGUGACAGCAGGUCCUAAUGUCACCGAGUACGAGUUCAUAGAGUACGAAGACUAUGACAACACAACAAACUAUUACCAUGUCAACGAGUACGAGGAGUACGACGAAGAAUACGACGAACGCUACGGACCUGCAGAGAGAGAACGGGAGUACCUGCUGAACACGCAGAAUUUACCAGAAAAAGGACAGAAAGGAGAGCCUGGCUAUUUGGGGCUGGGAACUCAGAUUACAGGACCGUAUGGACCUCCAGGACCUGAGGGAGCUCCGGGGCCUCCGGGAAUCACUGGACCAGUGGGACCUCGAGGAGACCCUGGAGAGCUGGGUCCUCCAGGGCGGCCGGGCCUUAGUGGUGCUGAUGGGAUCCCAGGUCCCCCAGGAAACAUAAUGCUCAUACCGUUCCAGUCAGGUGGUGAUCCGAGGACAGGAGCUGUCGUUUCUGCACAGGAGGCUCAGGCUCAGGCCAUCCUGCAACAGACAAAGUUGGCCAUGAAGGGCCCUCCUGGCCCACUGGGUCUCAGAGGCAGACCCGGACCACUGGGUACAUCAGGGCCUCCAGGGCUGAAAGGGAGCAGUGGUGAAAUGGGACCACCUGGUCCUGCAGGAUUGCCGGGUAUUCCAGGUCAGAAUGGAAGACCUGGAAAACGGGGUCGGGGAGGUUCAGACGGGGGCCGUGGUGCGAUAGGAGAAACUGGAGCAAAGGGAGAUCGAGGCUUUGAUGGCUUACCUGGCCUGCCAGGAAAUAAAGGACACAAGGGAGACAGGGGGAAGCCAGGACCCCUAGGUCCUCCAGGAGAGCUGGGAGAAAAGGGCUCUCAGGGGCCAUCUGGGCCAAGAGGACAACCAGGUGAUUCUGGUCCCAGAGGUCUGACUGGCCCUAGAGGUCGUCCUGGAAACUCAGGCUUGAUGGGCAUUCGUGGAACUGAUGGGGUCCAAGGUUCAAAAGGCAACAUAGGACCAUCAGGAGAAACUGGAGCACCCGGUCAGCAAGGCAACCCUGGAAUUGUUGGUUUUCCUGGCCCUCAGGGGCUGGUAGGACUACCAGGAGAGAAGGGACCUCAAGGGAAGAAAGGGAUGCAGGGCUUACCUGGAAAUGACGGGCCUCCAGGUCAUCCUGGAAGAGAAGGGACUCCAGGUGAAAAGGGAUUGCCAGGUCCUUCCGGUGUGCAGGGACCUGUAGGAUACCCCGGACAACGGGGCGUUAAGGGUGCAGAUGGAAUCAGAGGGUUGAAGGGAAGCAAAGGGGAAAAGGGAGAAGAUGGUUUUCCCGGGGCAAAAGGGGAGAUGGGAGCGAAGGGGGAUGUUGGAGAUAAUGGACCUCUAGGGUCUCGAGGUGAAGAUGGGCCUGAAGGUCUCAAAGGUCAGUUGGGUCCUCAGGGAGAGGCCGGGCCGGCUGGUAUUUCUGGAGAAAAGGGGAAACUGGGGGUUCCAGGUUUACCUGGGUAUCCAGGACGACAGGGCCCCAAGGGCUCUGAUGGGUUUCCUGGUGCGCUGGGGGCUCCUGGAGAGAAAGGGAAGAAAGGCCCUGCAGGACAAGCAGGAAGUGCAGGCCAAAGAGGUCCAAACGGUGCCCGAGGAGGCAGGGGGCUGAGAGGUCCUACAGGGAAACCAGGAGAAAAGGGAGCCUCAGGACAUGACGGGCCCCCAGGAUCUCCCGGAGAGAGGGGGCCUUCAGGGCCACAAGGAAGGAAUGGAGAACCAGGACCUAAAGGCUCAAGUGGUCCAGCUGGGAAGGAUGGACUUCCGGGUCAUCCGGGUCAAAGAGGAGAACCAGGCUUUCAAGGAAAAACGGGCCCCCCAGGGCCUUCAGGUGUGGUCGGACCUCAGGGGAAAUCAGGGGAACCUGGACCAACAGGAGACCGCGGUCACCCGGGAGCACCGGGCGUACCCGGAGAGCACGGUUUACCUGGGGCUGCUGGGAAAGAGGGCGGAAAGGGGGAUCCUGGUUUACCGGGGACAUCAGGGAAGAACGGUCCAGCUGGACUGAAGGGGUUCAGAGGGAGCAGAGGAGCUACUGGAGUUAUGGGACCUCCUGGUUUGAAAGGAGCAACAGGCCCCGGUGGAUCCCCCGGAUCUCUGGGGCCAUCAGGAGAACGAGGCCCUCCAGGACCAGCCGGGGCAAUCGGACAGCCUGGUCGUGCCGGAGCGGUUGGAGGACCGGGACCAAUGGGAGAGAAGGGGGAGCCUGGAGAGAAGGGCCCUAUUGGACCUGCAGGUAAGGACGGGGAUCUGGGUCUGGUAGGAAUGCCUGGAGCAACAGGACCUGCAGGACCUUCGGGGGAUGAUGGGGAUAAGGGGGAGCAGGGAGGACCUGGACAGAAAGGCAGCAAAGGAGACAAGGGGGAAGCGGGCCCCUCGGGUCCUACUGGCACCCAGGGGCCAGUUGGUCAGCCUGGUCUUCCAGGUGUAGAUGGGCUGUCUGGCCCUCGAGGGCAGCAGGGUAUGUACGGCCCCAAAGGAGACGAGGGGCCCCGUGGUUUCAAGGGCUCCAGAGGGCCGAGAGGAUUACAGGGUAUGCCUGGCUUACCUGGAGAAAAGGGAGAGAGCGGACAUGUUGGUUUGAUGGGUCCACCUGGACUACAAGGCCCCAAUGGUGCUCAAGGACCUAUGGGAGGACUGGGACAAACCGGCAGACCUGGGAUGAUUGGACAGCCGGGUGUUGUGGGGGAAAAGGGAGAGGAUGGAGAAGCGGGUGACCCUGGACCAGUCGGUAUUCCAGGAAGACUAGGUGACAAAGGAGACCAAGGUGAAAAGGGAGAUACGGGCCCUCCAGGAGCCGCCGGUCCCCCGGGGGCCAGGGGCAUUCCAGGAGAGGAUGGAGCAAAGGGCAAUGGUGGUCCUAUAGGUCUGACUGGUGACCUUGGUCAGCAGGGAGAGGCAGGACCCAAUGGUGUAGAUGGCCUCCUUGGAUCUAAAGGCGACACCGGAGAAUCUGGUAAAUCUGGACCCCCAGGGGCAACAGGGGAGCCUGGACCACCGGGGCCUCCUGGACGAAGGGGACACUUGGGAAAACCCGGAAAGGAAGGAAAAGAAGGCCUGAAAGGAACAAAGGGGACCCCUGGACUGGAGGGUCCCAUUGGAAAGACGGGACCCAGAGGUUCUCAAGGGCAUCCAGGAAAAAAUGGUCCACAGGGCCUGAGAGGAAUCCCUGGACCAGCAGGUGAGCAGGGUUUAAAUGGGCCACCGGGUCAAACUGGACCUCCAGGUCCCAUGGGUCCACCAGGUUUACCAGGCCUCAAGGGAGAUCCUGGCAGGAAGGGAGACAAGGGUCACGGUGGACUAAUCGGACUCAUAGGACCUCCAGGAGACAUCGGAGAGAAAGGUGACAGAGGACUACCAGGAAGCCAAGGCCUUCAAGGUCCAAAAGGAGAUGAGGGUCCAGUCGGCCCACCAGGCCCACCUGGACCUCCUGGUCCCACAGGACUGUCUGGUGCUAUUGGUCAAAAAGGCUCCAAAGGGAACCAGGGUCCGAUAGGUCCCAGAGGAGACACCGGCCCUGUGGGGCCUCCAGGACCACCUGGACGGGCCGCUGUUGGUUUUUCGCCUCUUCCAGAGCGAGGAAGAAGAAGAAGAACGCACCCUGUGGUGGAUGGUGCUGCAUUUGAGGACGAGACCAUGGACAGAGGAGAGGACGACGGUUGGGUGCAAAGCGACCAGGCCACACUGGAUGGUUUGGCGAAAGAUAAUGAGGCUCAGGACAUGGAAGAAGUGUUUGCUUCAAUUUCAUCUAUGAAAGUUGAGGUGGAGGGUCUGCGUAACCCAAUGGGGACUUACCACAGCCCAGCACGCACCUGCAAGGAGCUGUGGCUCCUCCAUCCAGAGCUCCCCAGUGGGGAGUACUGGAUAGACCCCAACCAGGGCUGCCACAGAGACGCCUUCAAAGCUUUCUGUAACUUUACUGCACAGGGAGAAACGUGUCUGUACCCAGACAAAAAGUUCCAGUCGGUGAAAUUAGCAGCAUGGAAAGGGGAAAAACCUAACACCUGGUACAGUAAAUUCAGGAAAGGAAAACAGUUCUCCUACACAGGGUCAGAUGGUGUCUCGAUACACAUCGUUCAGCUGACCUUCCUGAAGCUUCUCAGUGCCACAGCCAAGCAGACUUUCACCUAUCACUGCCUCAACUCUGCCGCCUGGCUACACGCGGCCAGCUACAGUCAUGAACAUGCACUGCGCUUCAGAGGCAGCAACGGGGAGGAGCUGACUCACGAGAAUGCACAUUACAUCAGUCCGUUAUACGACGGCUGCCAAGUACGCUCAGGACAGGAGAGGACGGUUUUGGAAAUUGAGGCACCGACAUCCCAGACUCUCCCCAUCAUCGACAUAGCUGUGUCCGAUUUCGGCAAUGGGAACCAGAAAUUUGGUUUCCAAGUUGGCCCGGUUUGCUUCAAUGGUUAACAAUCUCAGGAAGGCAUAAGAAUGGGAUUAAUUUAAUAGAAAAGAGCCUUGGACACUUUUUACAUGCAGGGAGAACAAAACUUUCAAGAUCACAUAUUUAAUUUGUACAGUAAAUAAUGUUUCAUGGCUCAAACUAGCACUCUUGCUCAAAUGUUCAUUCGGUUUGUAUGUUACUGGUUCAUUGUUGUUGUAUGCUACAAUGCCUCACUGUGGAUUCACAUGCUGUUAUAAAGAGAAGGACACCUUUGUUGAUGUCCUCACGGUUUUUGUUUUCUUCUUUUCUUCAACAUGUUUUCUCUGCUUCUGUUUCAGUAAUGACUUUAAAAAACAAAUGGUUACAGUCACCUGUAAGGGAAUCAGUGUGGAGGAAUUAAUAUUCUUAAACCUGACAGAUGCAGACCAUCCAGCAUAAUCCAAUGAAAUAACUGAAACUGUCAGCAUUCACAAAUAGGUUCAUAUUAGUUUAUUGUGUUCAUCGCAAAUAUCUGAUUGAGAAAUCAUAAAGAAGAAGCUGACUUUUAAUUAGUGACACACAGAGAAUAAUUCUGGUUACUGGAAUCGGGUUUGAUGAUAAUUCUUAGUGUUCCUAAGCACUACCAGGAAGGAGGAACAUCUUUCAUUUGUGUGGACACUGUAACUGAGGAAAAACACUCAUUGUUACAGUUUGAUGUUUAAAGUCAAAGGACAAACAGUGAUAUUUAAGCUAUUCAAAAGGAAAAUAGUUGCUGUUAAUUUAGGCUGCAGUAGAGUAAGACAGAGGCAGAAUGAUGAACAUUUAGCAACAAACCUGAUCAUUUUUACUCUUUACUUCCUGCAACCACUGAAAGUUCGAAUCCAACAAAGAAAAUAGACUUUAGCCUACAUUCAAAUUCUCUUAACACUGCUACAGAUAUUCUCUACUCUACUUUCCUAGUGAUGAAAAACAUAGAUGUUUUAACAAUUUUUCCAAGAAGGACAUCAAUAAGAGUUUAUGUGUUUUAUAAAAAAAUGUAUUUCAAUACAAUUCAAAUCUCAUAUUUGUGACUGUGUACAGUUUCAAAUAUUUUUUGUUGUCGUCAAACCUCAAUUUUUUGUUUUCUUUUGUUCUUUGUUUUGUUGUAGUUGCGUGGUUGUGAUCAUGAGUUAAACACAUUGCAUUGAUGAGCCACAACAUUAAAACCACUUUCAUAAUGAAUAAUACAAACAUUGAUUCAUAAUUAGUCAAUGUUUUAUCUUUGAGAAUAUCUUCUAUCUUAAACCAUCCAUGUUAAUCCUCUUUGAUGUCAAACACCAUAUCUGGUACGUCCUGAUCAAGGAUGUUUUCAUUAUAAGAAUUGAAGUCUGAACUAAAAGUGAACUAAAUUCAACUUCAGGUCCAUGUUGUUAGUUCAUCACAGGUCAGCAGUGUUAGCUACUAAAUAACAGACUAGUCAUUCAUUUUCUUAAAUUUACAAGUAUAUGUAAAACAGUUUAGAUGUUUUUUCACCUUUUAUAAUAAUUACUGUGAAAGAGACUACAAAAUAUAACUUCCUGUUUAUCUGUGUGAUGCCACCUGCUCUGUGCUCUGUUCCUUAAGAAAUCCUUAGAUCACGGUCGAUACGAGGAAAAUAGUAAAUUUCACGACCAAAAAAAUGCCAAGUUUAUCGAUGUUACAAAACAGGUCCUACAACUCACUCAAUCAUAGUAACAAUAUAGAAAAAUGAAAGCCCAAGUUAUUCCAGUCAACACCAUUCAUAAACUAAGUCACAGGAGACCCUGACAUAAAUCUUUUGUGAGUUUAUUUAAGACUGUAACUUCAGGUGUUGAGUAAGAUACAUCUAUAGAAAUAAAGGAUGUAUUUUCAAAUCAUUAUAAUAGCUUCCUUCAGCUAACUAACCUCAUAUUGCUGCAGCAGCUAUGGAAAAAAAUGUCUGUCACUGUCAAAAGAAUAUGAUCAGAAUGUCUUGGACAUACAGGGUCUAUAAAAACCACUCGUCACCUUGGAUGUUUUACCCUCUGUAUUAGUUUAACUAAUUAAUCAUAAGCAACAAAAUUAGCUUUUUGUGUUGAAAAUGUUUAACAACCCCUCACUCCAUGUAUAACAUCAAAGUGGGAACUGAUUUCAAUGUAUGAUAAAUAUAUUCACCUCUUUCAAAUCAGUAUUUAAUGAAAGCAUCUUCGGCUGCAAUCGCAGUCAGUGUGGAUAGAUCUCAGUCAGGCUUCCACAUCUGGAUUCUGCAAUUUUACUCUGUUCCUUCUUGCUAAUCUCUUCAAGCUGUGUCAGGUUGUGUGGGGAUUGGUUGUGAACACCCUUUUUUCCAGUCCUGGCACAAACUCUCUAUUGGAUUGAGGUCUAGGCUUUGACUUGGCCACUGCAGAACAUCCGCCGUGUCUUCCAGCCAUUUCUGUGGAGCUAUAUUUUAUUGUUUUCAUUUUACCUUGUACCUUUAAAAGCCUUCAAGGGCCUGCUGCCAAGAAGCCUCCCCACCAACAGGAUUUCACAGUGGGGAUACAGGGUGUGUAGUGAUUUGCAGUGUUUUGUGUCUGCCAAACAUAUAAUCUUGUCAGAUGGCCAAAAAACUUCAUUUGGUUUCUUCUGACCAAAGAACUUUCUUCCACUUGAUCAUGGAGUCUCACGUGCCUUUUGGAAAGCUCUUGUCAAGCUUUUAUAUUGAGUUUUCGUCAGCAGUGGCUUUCUCAUAUCUGCUCUGCCAUAAACGUUUGAAAGGUGAAGAAGAUAGGCAACAGUGGUUAUAAUGCAAAGUCUCUCCCAUCUCAGCUGCUAAAGCUCUUAGCUCUUUCAGUGUAGUCAUAGUGACCCGGUGACUGCUCUCACUAGUCUAGUUUUUGCACAUUCAGUCAGCUUGUGAGGAUGGCCUGAUCUGGUCUCAGAUUUAAUGUGUAAAAUAUUCCUUCCAAUUCUUGAGGAUGGAUUUAGCCGAACUCCAGGGGCGGUUUGGUAUCUUAGAGAAUUUGUUUCCUCUGAUUUGCUUGGAAUGCGCUUUUGUCUUCAUGCUGUCAUGGCAACCAGAAAUACCAAUUAACAGGUGAAUGGACCUUCUAGACACAGGUGCCUUUCUACUACAAUCCCUGUACUCAGGUGAUCUCCACUCCACUCAUUGUGAAACUACUAGCACCAACUGGCUGGACCACUGUUGAAUUAGGUCAGUCGAUUUAAAAGAGUUGAGUAUUCAUUUAUUUUAUGUUACACAUUAUUAGUUGUUUUCACUUUGACAUUAAAGGAUAUUUUUGUAUCUUAGUCAAAAAAAGACUAGUUUUGUUGAUUAAUUAAAAAACACACACACAAUAGUAAUGGUAAAACAUUUGAAACUCACUAUUAACAAAUGUCAUUACCUUAAAUCACUCAGAUAUUUGGCAAAAAAAAUAUCUUGAUUGGGACAUCCCUGGCAAGGACUCAGCACAACACAAAUUUCCUACAUUCAUUCCCUGAAAAGCUGGACCUCUGUUAAAAAAAGACCUACAAAUUAUUAAGGCGGUGCUUUUAAAGUUGUGGCUGAUCCACGGAUUUUGGAGUGUAAUAUAUAAUGGUGUUAUUAUAUAGGUCCCCCUAGAAUACAGUUAUAUAUAUAUAUAUAUAUAUCGUUGUGAGGAAACACUGAUGUUUGUCAAUACCCAACAUUGUUCUUAGUAUAUUUGUUUGGAAAGUGAUUGUGUUUUAAUAAAAGUACAUAAUGUACAUUUAAAUUAUUACAAUCACAUUUUUAUCAAAUUUGACCAAAAAGCAAACGAUAACUUUUAAACAAAUUGAGGAAUCUGUUGCUCUUUGAUAUCUUGGGGAAAAAAAGUUUUAUUCAUGUUUAUAUUCUGGUGUUGUUCUGUGAUGGACUGGUGACUGUCCAGGGUGACCCUGACCCUCACCGGUUGACCUCUGGAGAUGGGCACCAGAACCCUUCCCGGCACCAGCAGGGAUAAGCGUGUAAGAUAAUGAAUGGAUGGAUAAAUUUGUUUUUUAAUUGCUUUUAUUCUUUUAGCAAAAUUUCAGACAUAUGGCUAUGUGAUUGUGUAUUAUCUGUCUUGUAUAGUUUAAUUGCUAUUGUUUUACAUCAGACUUAAUCAUUUUUCAAGUUAGAAAUCAGAUUCACUGCCCCUUUGACAAGUAAAUUCAAUGCGACUAA